AUGUCUUUCGGAAAACCAGCCGAGACCGUCGAUUUUGGCGGUGAGAUGAAUUAUGAGGGAUACGAGUGGUUCAAGGAGCCACCGCCAGAACGCCCCGAGCCUCCUCCCCCUCGCGAGCAAUACGUCCCACAACCCGGCGUCAUCGAGCAAAACGAGAUGUUCGACUUCGCACUAAAAGCCGCUCCAAACGUCCUCUACUCGCGAUACAAGCAAUACGGGCAGUUGGGCGUGCUAGCCUGGUGCGCCGAAUUCAGCGAGAUGAUCGACGCCAUCAAGCAGCUCGGCGUCGACGGCAACAUGUUCGUCUCCACGCGCCUGCAGGCCCUCCGGACAUGCGAAGAGAUCCUCCGACUAGACCUCGACGUGCAGAUGCAGAUUAUCGUUAUACAUCUAAUCACGCAGGUCCAGCGGCUGAGGAGGUUCUUGGACGGGGAGAAGCAGUGGGACGAUUAUCCGGAUAUCACGUUCCCGUUGGAUCCUGAGCAGUACAACCAGCAACAGCAGCAACAGCAACACCAGCAGAGCCCGAGGAGACGUUGA